GCCGUCCGCAAGUACCCGGUCCAACCCGAGCGCGUACAGCCCCUGCCAGCCAUGUCGGACUCGUUCUCGUGCGGCGUGACCCGCGACCUGGGCAUCUUCGACUUCUUCCGCAGCCGCACCCUGUCGCUGAGCCGCCGCGAGUCGCGCAGCUCGUCCCAGUCGGCGUCGGCCGCGCCGUCCAGCAGCUCCAAGGGCCGCUCGCUCGCGCCCUCCGCGUCGAUGCCGCCGCCUGCUCCAUCGUCCGCCUCCUUCGCUGCCUCCGCCUCCUCUUCUGCUACUGUUCCUCCGCCCCUGCCGGAGUCGCUGGACUCGGUGGCCACCACAGCGUCGGAUGCGUCCUAUAACAACAACAACAACAACAACAACAACGACCACCUGAGCGACGACGACGACGACAGCGACAGCGACUCGGACGACGGCUUCGGCUCAGCCUCGAGCAGCGUGGACAAUAGCAGCAGCAGCAGCAGUGUGGGCAGCGCCAUCACCAAGUACGAGGUGGUGCGGGAGCUCGGGCGAGGAGCGACGGCCGUGGUGCAGCUGGGCCGCCUGCGAGGCGGAGAGGAGCUGGUGGCUCUAAAAGUCUUCAAGACGUCGCUGCUCAAGAAGAUGCGCGAGGUCAAGCGCGUGGGCAGACGCAUGGUCGUGUCCACGGCGCUGGACAAGGUGCAGGUGGAGAUCGCGAUCAUGAAGAAGCUGCACCACCCGAACCUGCUGAACCUGCUCGAGGUGUUUGACGACGACUCGGAGACGCUCGUGCUGAUGCUCGAGUACGCGCCGUCGGGUCAGGUGAUGCAGUGGUAUCCCGAGGAGAGGCUCUACAAGAGGGAGAAGAGCAAGAGCAAGAAGAGCUGCUUCAGCGAGGAGGAGCUGCGCUCGUGCGUGCGUCAGCUGCUGCUAGGCCUGGAGUAUCUGCACGAGAACAACAUUUGCCACCGCGACUUGAAGCCUGAGAACAUUCUCGUGGGCCAGGACGGCACGUUCAAGAUCGCCGACUUCGGCGUCGCCCACUUCUUCGAGGAGGACGACAAGGAGGCCAAGGCCACGGCCGCCGGCAUGACUGCCUCCGCUACAGCGAAGCCGCAUAGGAAGGGCUACGUCUCCACAACAGCCGGCACGUACGCGUUCAUGGGUCCGGAGACGCUCAAGGGCGGUGAGUACAGCGCAUAUGCAGCCGACAUCUGGGCGCUGGGCAUUACGAUCCAUGCGCUGGCCUUCGGCACGAUCCCGUUCUACGACCCGGACGUUGUGACCCUGUUCGAGAUGAUCGAGAAGAACCCGAUCGAGCUCGAGAACAACGGCGACGGAGCACCCGAUGGUCUGGUCGAGCUGCUCUACGGACUGCUGGAGAAGGACCCGGAGAAGCGCUGGUCGCUGCAGAGGUGCAAGGAGCACGCGUGGGUGCUGGAGGGACUGACCGAGGACCAGAAGCAGGAGUACAUCCAGACGAGCUACGAGGCCGUGACCGUGGGGCCGGAGGACCUGGCUUGCGCUGUCACUCGUGUGACGUCGCUCAAUGUCAUUCUGCGGGUAAAGCUCGGGGCCAACAAGUGGAAGCGCCGAGCGAUGAAGACGCUUGAGGGCCGGCGGAAGUCUCUGCAGGACGGCGGCGGCAGCUUCGGCGGGUCGCCCACCUCGCGGUUUUCGGGCGUGAGCGUGCCCGAGUCCGUCGAUUCCGAGCCCAAGCAGCCCAUUCCCACCCCCACAGAGCCUGCCAGCAACCAGCUUGAGAUUUAA